AGAGGGCUACAUAAAUUUUAUGAAAUUCUCGUUUACCCAUGAAAAAUAAGGGAGGGAAGUUAUACCCCUCUUCUGGUAUGACGUCGGAGGCAGAGGCGGCGCCGCCGCCGGUAAAGCCUCGGAGUGGUAAGCUAUGCACCAUUUGCAACGCCAGACGGGCGGCGCUCAAGCGUCCCAAAACCCUCGAGCAAAUAUGCAAGGAGUGCUUUUUCGAAGUCUUCGAAGACGAAAUUCACCGAGUUAUCGUAGAUAAUCAACUCUUCAGGCGGGGUGAACGCAUCGCCAUUGGAGCUUCUGGAGGAAAAGAUUCCACUGUGCUUGCUUAUGUGCUGUCCGAAUUGAACCGCAGGCACGAUUACGGGCUGGAUCUUUUCCUGCUCUCGAUUGAUGAGGGCAUCACUGGUUACAGGGAUGAUUCACUUGAAACUGUCAAAAGAAAUGAAAUCCAGUAUGGUCUUCCUCUCAAAGUUGUUUCAUAUAAGGAAUUAUAUGGGUGGACGAUGGAUGAAAUUGUGAAGCUUAUUGGUUUGAAGAAUAACUGCACUUUUUGUGGUGUUUUCCGUCGCCAGGCCCUUGAUCGUGGUGCUGCGCUUUUGAAAGUAGAUAAGCUUGUAACUGGACAUAAUGCUGACGACAUAGCUGAAACUGUCCUUUUAAACAUAUUGAGAGGUGAUAUUGCCAGGCUGAGUAGAUGCACCUCUAUAACAACUGGUGAAGAUGGACCUAUUCCGAGAUGCAAGCCUUUUAAAUACACUUAUGAGAAGGAAAUUGUGAUAUAUCCUUGCUAUAAUAUGGCUCCUAUUUUAUUUCGUUUAUAUGGUAUUUACUCCCUGAACGCUUAUCGUGGUUUUGCUAGGGAAUUCAUCAAAGAUUUGGAGAGAAUCAGCAACGAGCUCAGUCUCGACGGGCGGAGGCGGCCACUCUCCGGAGAGAUCCACCUCCGAUAUGGUCUUCUCUCCGUCUCAUCCGCGGUUGUGGAGAUCGCCGACGGGGCGCCUCGCCUGGACCACGACCUCCACUUCCUCCGUGAACUCUCCCACGCACACCCCGGUUGCCGGCGGCACGGUUCAUCUGCAAAUCCCAUACCACGUUGCGUCACGUCUUUCGUUUGCGGCAUAUUGUCGCCCCGACGGCAUCGCGAAUCGCCAAGAGCUAUACUCGACAUCAUAAAAUCAGGCGAGGACUUUAGGAUCUCGACUUCUACUAAAAUGCCAGAGCAGGGAAAUUGCGAAAGGUGUGGUUACAUAUCUAGCCAGAAAUGGUGUAAAGCUUGUGUUUUACUGGAGGGACUUAACCGGGGUUUGCCCAAGCUUGGUAUAGGGCGUAGCCGAAUUUCUGACAACGAGCGGAAUAAGGAUAUGAAAAAAACUAAUGGGACAGAGAGUUUACAGAGCAAGCAAUGUGGGAGCCUCGACUUCUGAGGUACACACUCAUCACAAGCUGUAGUAGGCAAAGUAUUAUAUUCUCAUAAGCAUGAAAUAGUCCCAGGGUUUCAAUUAUUAGCUGUGGUUUAUUUCUUAAUGGAUACGUUGUUUUCCAUUUAUGAAAUUGGAAGUGGUGAUAUUAAGCUUUGGAUUUUCUGUUCCUGGUCUUUAAAAUUCUAUGAAAUGGAUAGAAUAUGAGGACUAAGUUGUUUGGAAAGUAAGGAUUGGUUUUGAUGGUUGAAUUUGGUGAGGGGUUAAUAUCUAAUCAUAGAAGAUGAAUUUUCAUCUGAGAUAUAGAUUCAAGUGUAGUUGAUGGCUUUGAAAAAGAGAUCACUGUGUAUUUCAUAUCUGAUGCUUAUAAAAUGGAAAAGAGAUUAUGUUCGAUAUUUAGAUGUGGGCUAUACAUUGAUGAAGAGAACAGGAACACAAAUGAUGCUGUGAGGUGCCCUAAAGGCUAAAGGUUAAGCGGGUCGAUCUAUCAUACUAUUUGAAAUUCAGAGAAAUAUCAUGCUUUUACUCUUGUUGUUUUUUAGAGUAUGGAAAUUUAUAUAAUUGUUGAAAAAAUAUAGUUAUAUAACGGUUAGAGUUUGCCCGGACAAGAAAGAUUUAUUUAAUAAUGUAUUUUGUUGAAGAUGCACUUAG